CGCAGGCUGCGCUCAUACGCUCCUCGACCAAUUGGACACAGGACAUACAUUCACCAACACUCCUACACUUAGUCUGGAGCUGCAGGCACACACUCACACACACACACACACACACUACUAUACGCAUCCAGACACUUGGAGUUCAUACCGGAGGCAGUAGCGGACUCUUUUAAUUUUACACACAUUUAUUUCUCCUUGAACAAUCUCACCAAGGGAGAAAAAAAGAAGCAAAAUGAGGACAGAUGUGCUCGGCGUUUGUGCAACCCUCCUGCUCGCAGCCGCCUCGGUGCCUGGCAGCAGCCGGGCAGCGGACCUCCCCAUCAACUCACAGCAGCGAUGGGACACCAGAGGACCCUAUUCUUCAGAAUCCGGGACUCCCACCUCCUGCCCCAUUAAGCUGAGACCCUCGGGCCAGUGUGAGAGCUCCGGGGCCGGUCCGGAGGAGGGGGGCGACUGCCCUUACCAGCUCACCUUGCCUCCACUCACCAUCCAGCUGCCCAAGCAGUUCAGGCUCCUGGAGAAGACGAUGAAGGAGCUGCAGAGUCUGAAGGAGGUCGUGAACAAGCUGAAAAGCGGGUGCCAGGAGUGCCGCGGGGCACGGGGCAGUGGAGCUUUUGGACAUGGACAGGUCCCCAUUCAAAGGGAUGCUGCGGAUGAAGUGAGACGGGAGUUGACAGAACAGGAGGUGCGAGGUGGGUCGAGCCAAGAGGUGAGGGGAGAUGGGAUGGUCCCCGGAGCUACUGUGGACGUUGCUGGAGUGGGGCAUGCUUCUAUUUCUGGGAAAAUUACACCGAGCCCGAGCAGUAUGCAGGAGAUGCAGGUGAAGCUGAAUAGGAUGUCAGCCAGCCUGCGCAACGCUAGGAGCCAGAUCUCGGCCGUGCAGGGGCGUCUCGAGGGGCUCAACCUGCUCAACAUGGAAAACGUGAAGGCUAUGGUGGAUAGGAAGGUGGAGAACAUCAGUGGAGUGGUCAACAAACUAAGCUCCACGUGCACUACCCAGUGUGCAGUGCAGAACUCCCCCAAGUCAAUCAUCUUGGCCCCUCGGGAUUGUUCAGACUACAAUGUGCUGGAGGCGAAGAAGAACGGUGUGUACGAAGUGACCCCGGAUCACCGCAAUGGCACAUUUGAGGUCUUCUGUGACAUGGAGUCUUUUGGAGGCGGAUGGACCGUGAUUCAGCGACGCCUCGAUGGCUCGGUCAGCUUCAACCGCACCUGGGCAGAGUACAAGAAGGGCUUCGGGAACCUACGAAGUGAGUUCUGGCUGGGCAACGACCACAUCCACUUGAUGACCAAAUCCAAAGACAUGGUCCUUCGCAUCGAGCUGGAGGACUUUGAGGGUGUGCGGGAGUACGCAAAGUACGACCAGUUCUACGUGGCCAAUGAAUUCCUCCGCUACCGGCUGUCUGUCAGCGGAUACGGUGGCACAGCUGGGAACGCCUUAAGUUUCAACAAGCACUUCAACCACGACCAGAAGUUUUUCUCCACGGCCGACCGCGACAACGACAUGUACUCCACCGGGAACUGCGGCGCCUACUACAGCUCCGGCUGGUGGUUCGACGCCUGCAUGUCCGCCAACCUCAACGGGAAGUACUACCACAAGAGGUACAAGGGAGUGAGGAACGGCAUCUUCUGGGGAACGUGGCACAACAUGUCGACGGAGUACUACCCCACUAACUACCGGCAGGCCUUCAAAACGGUCAAGAUGAUGAUGCGGCCCAAGAACUACGCUCCUUAGGGCGACAGUGCGAGUGGCCUUCAAAGUGGAUUCAAAUGAUGAUCGUAAAGGACAAUGGACUAUGAAUAACGAUGGCCGAAUAAAAUUAAAACACACACACACACACACACACACACACGCAGUGUAAAGGCCAGCCUCCUGCAGGAGCUAUAAUGUUAUACGGAGGGUUACCAUGAACGAUUUUUCACAGUUUCUCUGACAUUUCUCCACUUUGCGUCCUGCUGCCUCCUGCUAGAAGCCCAGGCACAGCACAGCACACUGUAGUAGUAAAAACUAAUGAGCUGUCAUUUUUGCCGCUCUAAAUGCUUUCAUAAUUAACAGCAGCCACUCAAGUGAGUGAGGAUGUGAGGGCUGAGGAUACAGUUUGGAGUUGCUGUGAAAUUCACCGGGUAACAACCUCAUGCUGGGAUUAGAGUCAUAAAUAAACUACAGUAAGGGACAUACUAGAAACUUGGGGCAGGCAGCAGUGCACCACUAAUGACGUCUGUGUCGUUGGUUUAAUUACACUGGGGGAAUUUUGCUAAUGUCGUCCUAUAUAAAGCAUCCUGCUCCAAAUAUGCCGCCUGAUAUACAUUUCUAUCGGAUCAUUUCCAAGUGUUCUGCAUCAUUGGUGCUCUAGUAAAUUCUUCUUGCGAGCAGCCAGGGAGCAGAAACCUUCCAGAUGUAUUUCCACCAUUAUCUCCACGUGCACUGAGCUGCUGCACGCUUCACCAUCUGUACAAUACUGCCGCCUAAAGUUAAAAAACUGUAAUUCACUAUAUACACACUGUGAAAGGGAAGAAUUAAGGACGUGUAUAGUAUUUAUUGUAUUUUGGGAGGUAUGCUUUUAUACAACACAUAGACCAUACAGUACAAAGUCUCAUUUGUUGACAUCCAAGCAACAAUAAAGUGUGCAUUGUUGUGACCAUUUACAGUAAUUAUGUGUGUGUUUGGAGCUUUGUGUGUGUACAAUAUUGAUCUUUUCUAUCAUUCAUAUUAAACCAUCAUGCAAAAAGAUAUGCACUUUUUUAUGUGAAAAAUAAAUUAAGUUCUAACUACA